UCCUAUCUCCAUGGUAACGCCACACCCGCACCGCCAGGCGAGGACGCCUGAGUGGGAUCCGGUAGCCAAGGCUUCCGCUUUCUACUCUAGCCAUGGUCGGCCCUCUGCGGGUUCUGCACCCUUGAACUGCAAGGGCACUCCUAGGGGAGAGGAGCGCGCUGCUGUAGGGAGAGCAGCUGAAGUACCCAGCCGCCCCUGAGCUUAAACAGCUGUCACUUCCGGCCUGGCGCCGGGGUCCGCAGCCAGAAUGCCUCCCACUCAAGCAGAAAGUGUCGUAAAGAACAUCAUACGAGAAAUAGGACAAGAGUGUGCAGCCCAUGGGGAGGUUGUUUCUGAAACUCUGGUUGCUUUUAUGGUGAAAGCUGUUGUUCUGGAUCCAAGUAAUGGAUUUAACAUAGAUAGAACCCUCAUGAAAACUGAUGUGCAGAAACUCGUUAAGCUUUGUGUGACUCGGCUACUAGAUAGUAAAAAUCCAUCCCUGGACACAAUUAAGAUGCAAGUCUACUUUGAUAUGAAUUAUACAAGUCGAGAGGACUUUCUUGAAGAACAUCACCGCGUCCUAGAGUCCCGAUUAAGCUCUGUUAGCAGAGAAAUUACAGAUAACCGAGCAAGUGCUAGAGAAGAAUUGGAAAGCCUCUACCGAAAGAUCGUCAGCUACGUGUUACUACGCUCUGGGCUUGGAUCCCCUACAGACAUCAAGAUUGUCAGAGAGGCAACAGCUGCCUUACAGAGUGUUUUUCCUCAGGCUGAGCUCGGGACAUUUCUAACUCUUUCUAAGAAGGACAAAGAAUGCCAGCUGAAAGAACUCACCAUGAUUGUUACUGGGAUUCGCUUAUUUAACAGAGAUUGUGGGAAAGGAGGAGAAGGCAUUGAUGAUUUACCAGCUAUUCUCCAUGAAGCAAUCCCAGCCACCACUCAGUAUAUUGACUCCCAACUUCAGAAUGCCCAGGACCAGUUGUAUCAUUACACAGCCAUCCUUGAGAAAGUAACAAAGAACCCACUCAUGGGUAAAGAACUUCAGCAGUAUAUGAUAAAAGAAGCACUAUAUAAUAUGCGACAAUAUGAGAUCUUCCUUCAGAUCAUCUUGUCAGAUGUAAUUACUUGUGCUCAAGAAGUGGAAAUGAUGAUGAAGCAGUUAACGGCCCAACUGGAACAAUUGAAAAUGACCAUAAGAGCGAAGACAGCUGUCCCGACAUCCCAAGUCUUUCCCAUUUUCAUUGCACUGGCCAAUCUGUGGAUCAGCUUUCAGGAUGAAACUGUUUUGAUUAGCAUCCUCAGUAAUUUGACCACUCAUCUUGAGCCAUUCCUAGGUGCUCAAGAAGUUCUCUUUCCUGACAAAGUAAAGCAAGUUCUUCUUGAGGAUGUGACUGUGAAAACGGAUGCAAACAGAAUAAAAGAACACAUGGAAUAUAGGGUCCAUUUGUCAGAUUUCAAAAAACUUGAAUGGCUUUUCCCGGAAACAACAGCAAAUUUUGAUAAAUUGUUAAUUCAAUAUCGGGGAUUUUGUGGUUACACAUUUGCUACAACAGAUGGACUUCUCCUUCCAGGAAACCCAACAAUUGGAAUUUUGAAAUACAAAGAAAAAUAUUACACUUUCAAUACCAGAGAUGCUGCAUAUUCAUUUGCAGAAAAUCCUGAAAAAUAUAUUGAUUUAAUUAAAGAAAAGGCCAAAAAAAAUGCAGAGUUAAUUCAGCUUCUGGAGCUUCAUCAACAGUUUGAAACACUGAUUCCAUAUUCUCAGAUGAGAGACGUUGACAAACAUUAUGUAAAACCAAUUACAAAGUGUGAAAGUAGCACACAAACAGAUACACACAUAUUGCCACCAACAGUUGUGAGAUCAUAUGAGUGGAAUGAGUGGGAACUAAGAAGAAAAGCUAUAAAACUGGCCAAUUUACGUCAGAAAAUUACUCAUUCAGUACAGACUGAUCUCAGUCAUAUGAGAAGAGAAAAUUGUUCACAGGUGUACCCCUCCAAAAAUGCUGGCAGCCAGACCAUGAGGGAAGAUGGCACACAAGUGCCCAGGCCCCAGAUUUACAUCUCUGGCCUUCGUGGUGGACAAAGCAAAGUAACCCAUGGGGUCAAGGUGAACUUAACUAGAGCUGUUGAUGAAACCUAAAGAUGAUAUCUUCAAAGACGUUCCUUGGUUUAGAUCCAUGAAAAUUAAGUUUUUGGGGGUGGCACAUUCGCUGAUUGUGUGAAUGUUUGUUGGAUUCUCAUAUACUGUCA